UCGAGCCUGCAGACCGCAGGUCAUGCAACACACGCCCUUGCCUACUCAGUAGCUGGGGUCCAAUCUCCCCAUAUCUGGAAGGGGGAUAAGCUAAGAUGUCGUUCAGACAUCAUUGUGUACGGUACAUAUACUAUAUACAUUCACGCAUGUAUAUACUGCGCUCAUACACUAAAUACGUGUGUCUGCGUCCUCUUCCCCAUGUGCGACGCUGAUCAAUACAAUAAGACCUGGCUAACAAUAAAAUUUCUCCCUGGCUUCGACACAAAUUGAUUGUUCAAGAUUUAGACUUGUCGUGUUCCGGAUCCGUGGAGCUGUUCCUCAUUUUGAUAUGAUUGAUAGGCGCGUCGAUUGACUCGAACGAGACUGAUCGUUGUCUUACUUUUGCUUCUUCUCCUAAACUACUAAGUGGAUAGCGAGUUUUACUACUGCCGGCUUUGCAUUAACCUCUCCUCGGCCCUGGUAUCCCACAGCCUCAAAUCCGACAUACUUGAUCUGCCAAUCUCCCUCAACUCGAUUCCCCCCAGGCAAGGCUCACCAGCGACUUUAUCCAACUAUCUGACACUCCUUUGAAUCUGUUCGCUUUUUCGUAUGUGAAGCCGAUAAUAAUUUCGACAUUUUCAUUUUCCUAGUCUCUUAUCGAUCUUUCUGCUAAGCUACGGGACAAAAUGGUGGUACUCGAAGGUGUCGAUCUCGACAAGCUAAACUACAUCAUUAAACUUCAAUACAAUGGCACCGGACCUACUGGAGGCGAUUCCCUAAACGAUGAUUUGAAUAUAUGGUACGAGAGUGGUGAUAUCGCUUGGAUGAUAACGGCCACAGCUCUCGUGCUUCUUAUGAUUCCAGGAGUUGGCUUCUUCUAUUCCGGACUUGCGCGACGUAAAUCUGCUCUAUCGCUAAUAUGGCUCUCCGUCAUGGCCACUGCUGUUACGACUUUUCAAUGGUUCUUCUGGGGAUACUCGUUGACGUUUUCGCAUUCGGCAUCUACUUAUAUCGGCGACUUGACCAACUUCGGGUUCAAGGAUGUACUCGGCCAGCCGUCGGUAGGCUCUACGAAGAUUCCGGACCUUUUGUUCGCCGUUUACCAAGGAAUGUUCGCAGCCAUUACCGUGGCUCUUGCGACCGGCGCUGUAGCUGAGAGAGGACGCAUGCUUCCCUGUGUCAUUUUCAUGUUUAUUUGGUCUACGAUUAUAUACGAUCCGAUUGCUUGCUGGACUUGGAAUCCGUCUGGAUGGUCUAAUAAAAUGGGAGGUCUUGAUUUUGCUGGUGGCACUCCUGUCCAUAUUUCCUCUGGCACAGCUGCACUUGCAUAUUCGAUGAUGCUUGGAAAACGACGAGGUCACGGCACACACGAGUUGAAUUACCGACCACACAACGUUACUCACAUUGUCAUCGGAACGGUAUUCCUAUGGGUUGGCUGGUUCGGUUUCAAUGCUGGUAGCGCUCUUUCGGCAAACUUGCGCGCAGUUAUGGCUGCGGUAGUAACAAACCUGGCGGCUUGCGUUGGUGGAAUUACGUGGUGUGUACUUGAUUACAGACUAGAAGGCAAAUGGUCCACCGUGGGUUUCUGUUCGGGAGUUGUUGCCGGCCUUGUGGCCAUCACUCCAGGUUCAGGAUUUGUCCCCGCUUGGGCUGCUGUCAUCUACGGAAUUUUUGGUGCCGCCUUUGCCAACUACGCGACCAAACUGAAGUUCCUAAUGCGCAUCGAUGAUGCCUUGGAUAUCUUCGCCGUACACGCCGUUGGCGGUUUUGUUGGGAACAUUUGCACGGCAUUUUUCGCCGCCGAUUACAUCGCGCAUCUCGAUGGAUACACUGUGAUACCUGGUGGCUGGAUCAACCAGCACUGGAUCCAACUAGCAUACCAGCUAGCCGAUUCCGUCUGCGGAGGAUGCUAUUCGUUUGGCGGAACAUGCAUCAUUCUGUUCAUCAUCAACUUAAUCCCAGGAUUAAAGCUGCGAGCGACGGAAGAUGCCGAAAUCCUAGGUAUUGACGAUGCGGAAAUUGGCGAGUUCGCGUACGACUAUGUAGAGCUCACAAGGGAGGUGUUGAACGACAUCGAGGCGGAUGCCAACAGCCGAUAUUCGGGUGACGCCGGAAAUUCGUUCGACCCCCGAGAAAAGAAUAGCAUCCCUCUGAUGGAUUCCCGACUGUAUUGUGGACAGUCGUCACAAUCACCUCAUUAAACCUUUUCGUAUGACGAGACGCUACCAUUUUUUGUUUGUUUUCGAGGACUUUAUAUACUAGGGAAAAUAGGGUCAGGAGAGGUUAAUGGGGAUGGAUAUCU